AGGCUGCCAUCUCAGAAGUGGCUCAGCUCCGACUGGUGAACAGCAGGAGUCACUGCGCUGGGAGAGUCGAGGUGCUUCGCAACCAGCUGUGGGGAACCGUGUGUGAUGACAGCUGGGACUUACAGGAUGCCGGAGUUGUGUGCAGGCAGCUGGGCUGUGGGACGGCGUUAUCAGCCCCAAGAGGGGCUCGAUUUGGGAAAGGAUCUGACCAUAUCUGGCUGGAUAACGUGAACUGCACAGGGACAGAAGUUGCCCUCUCCGAUUGCAGUGCUCGGCCUUGGGGAGUGAAUAACUGUACCCACAGAGAAGAUGCCAGUGUUGUGUGCUCAGACUCUGGCAUAUCAGAAGUGGCUCAGCUCCGACUGGUGAACAGCCCAAGUCGCUGCGCUGGGAGAGUCGAGGUGCUUCACAACCAGCUCUGGGGAACCGUGUGUGAUGACAGCUGGGACUUACAGGAUGCCGGAGUCGUGUGCAGGCAGCUGGGCUGUGGGACGGCGUUAUCAGCCCCAGGUGGGGCUCACUUUGGGCAAGGAUCUGACCGUAUCUGGCUGGAUGACGUCAACUGCACAGGGACAGAAGGUGCCCUCUCCGAUUGCAGGGCUCGGCCUUGGGGAGACAAUAACUGUAACCACAGAGAAGAUGCCGGUGUUGUGUGCUCAGAUGCUGGCAUCUCAGAAGUAGCUCAGCUCCAACUGGUGAACGGCCCAAGUCGCUGCGCUGGGAGGGUUGAGGUGCUUCACAACCAGCAGUGGGGAACCGUGUGUGAUGACAGCUGGGACUUACAGGAUGCUGGAGUCAUAUGCAGGCAGCUGGGCUGUGGGACGGCGUUAUCAGCCCCAGGAGGGGCUCGAUUUGGGCGAGGGUCAGACCGUAUCUGGCUGGAUAACGUCAACUGCAAAGGAACAGAAGUUGCCCUCUCCAACUGCAGGGCUCGGCCUUGGGGAGAGAAUGACUGUACCCAUGGAGAAGAUGCCGGUGUUGCGUGCUCAG